AUGAAUGAAAUUAAAGUGUCUUAUUUAAAUUACCCUAUAUAUGGUAUUGCAUCAAAUGAAAAUUAUGUUGUAACAUCAGGAGGAGGAGGAGGUAAAAGUUAUGGUAUUGAAGAUUUAUUAGAUGUAAACAUUUUUAAUGAAAAAGAAAAAAAGUUAGAUGUUAUAUGGUCUACUACAGAACAAAAAGGGGUAAUAGAUUCCAUUUUAUAUGUACAGAAAUAUAAUAUAUGGAUUGGAUCAUUAAAAAAUGAAUGUAUAUUAUUUAAGAUAAAUGAAGAAACAGGUCCUAGUAUUUUGUUAAAUUUUAUUACUGAUUUUGCUGAAAAAAACCCUAGACAGGUAGUAGUAAAAUUUUCCGAAAAUCAAGAUUUCAUAUUAACAGGAGGAGAUGAUAAAACUUUGAGGUUAUGGAAAUUAAAAUUUACAAAAGAUUCUAGCUUUAUACAUGUAACUAAUGAUUUAUAUUUAGAUUCAAAAACGGCUGUAGAACAUUUAGGUGAUUUUAUAGGUCAUGAUGAAAGUAUAAAAGAUUGUGAUAUAACUUUUGAUGAAAAUAUUGUAUGCACAUGCUCGUCUGAUUAUUCCUUAAAAAUAUGGGAUACUUAUAGAUAUAUUAAUUUACAUACCGAGUUUAUGAAAAAUCCGAAAAAUAAAAACGAUAAAUUAAUUUUUCGUUGUUGUAAAUUUUUAAAAAAGUCUAAUAUAAUAAGAGAAUAUACAUACAGUUUAUUAACUACCGCUUCAAGUGCUAGGGGAAAUAGUUUUUUAAUCAUAUGGAAUAUAUACUAUGAUAAUAAAAAGGAAAAAUUUUCUUGUGUUAAACAAAAUUUAAUAUGGAUAGAUGAAACACCAUGUUGUAAUAUGGCUAUAAGUACCAAUGAAAAUUUUUUAGCUUUAGGAUUUAGUACUGGAUCUCUGAAACUUUAUAAUUCUAAAUAUUCUCUUUUAGCAUAUUAUAAAAAACAUGAAUUACCAAUUACAGCUAUGUGCUUUACUAAAAAUGAUAAAUUUUUGUUAGCUGCAGGAGCAGAUUAUAGUAUUAGUUGUGUAGACGUAAAUUGUCUUAGUUUUCGUUUUAAAAAAAUUUGGAAAUUUUUUAUUUUUCUUUUUAUAUCAUUAAUAAUAUUUAUAAUUUUAUUAGAUUGUUUCAAUGUUGGUUAUGAUUUACAUGUGAAUAGUCCCACUACAGAUAAAUUAAAAUUUAGUAAAAUUGAUAUUAUUAAACAAAAAAAUCAACCUUUUGACGAGUUAUAA